GCACGUGACUCCAGUCAUGUGACGCGGAAGCUUUCUUCAGCCGCUUCCGGUUGUCAGCUAGAAGGGAUGGCGUUCUUUUGUAGUGCCUGGUUACCGGGAGCCGUACUACUCCUGGCUGUCAUUGAUAUAAGGCUGACAGUUAGUGGUCAGCAGCUGGAGAAGAAAGCAGAGCAAUUUUUUCGUAGUGGACACACAAACAACUGGGCAGUUUUGGUUUGUACAUCUCGUUUCUGGUUCAAUUAUCGACAUGUUGCAAAUACACUCUCCAUGUACCGGAGUGUUAAAAGACUUGGCAUUCCUGAUAGUCACAUUGUCUUGAUGCUCGCUGAUGAUAUGGCAUGCAACUCACGGAAUCCUAAACCAGCAACUGUAUUCAGCCAUAAAAACAUGGAGCUGAAUGUCUAUGGGGACGAUGUUGAAGUUGAUUAUCGAGGAUAUGAGGUUACUGUCGAAAAUUUUCUUCGAGUUCUAACUGGCAGAAUACCCCCAAGCACUCCUCGACUGAAGCGACUACUGUCAGACGAUAGGAGUAACAUUCUUAUCUAUAUGACUGGUCAUGGAGGAAAUGGUUUUCUGAAAUUUCAAGACUCUGAAGAAAUUACAAAUGUAGAACUAGCUGAUGCAUUUGAACAGAUGUGGCAGAAAAGAAGGUACAAUGAAUUGCUGUUUAUUAUUGACACCUGUCAAGGCGCCUCCAUGUAUAAGCAAUUUUAUUCUCCAAAUAUUAUGGCUCUUGCAAGUAGCCAAGUUGGAGAGGACUCACUGUCUCAUCAACCAGAUCUUGGAAUUGGAGUUCAUCUUAUGGACAGGUACACCUUCUAUCUUCUGGAAUUUUUGGAAGAAAUCAAUCCAGCGAGUCAGAACAAUAUGAAUGACUUGUUCCAGGUAUGUCCAAAAAGCCUGUGUGUUUCUACCCCUGGCCACCGGACUGACCUCUUUCAGAGGGAUCCAAAUACUGUUCUCAUCACAGAUUUUUUUGGAAGUGUGAGAAAAGUAGAACUAACCAAAGAAACGGUUAGCCUGAAAACCCACCUACCACAAAUAGAGAAAAGACAUCCUCCUGAUGUGGUUCUGGAACCAGUGACAUAUGCAAACCAGCUUCCUGUAUCAGAAAUUAUACACCAGAAACCAAAGCAGAAAGAGUGGCACCCACCUGGAGGAUUUAUUCUAGGACUAUGGGCACUAAUCCUCAUGAUUUUCUUCAAGACAUAUGGACUUAAGCACAUGAAACAUGUAUUUUAAGUUUUACUCCUCAACUUCCACUGAUGCACUGAAACUUGUGCACUGAUAGGCAACUGCAUGCCUGUGUUAGGUGUUCCAUGGAAGCUAUUUCCAAUAAACCUACUAUUGUAUUAUAAGGAAACAUGCAAUGUAGAAUAAUAAAUUGUUUUGGAUCUAUUAG